AUGUCAGAAGUCAGUUGUUCAUCGAAGAGGAAGUGUCAUUGUGGAGAAUUUGCUAAAAAUUUUACUUCGAUGAUUCCUUUAAAUCCUGGGAGGAGAUUCUAUAAGUGCCCUAAACCGGAAGGUAGUUCAUGUGGUUAUUGGGAAUGGGCAGAGGAUCAUGUCCCGGACAGAGCGCUCGUUGUAAUCAAUAAUUUGAAGUGUGAGUUGGAUGUGGCUAAUCUUAAAAUCAGUAAUUUGAAGUCGUUGUUGGAUGAUGGCAAGACUGAAAGGGUCAAAUUGAAGGAAAAAGUAGUUGCAUUGAAGGCAGGAAAUAAUCUUCUAGUAACGAAAAAAUUGGAGUUGGAAGAUAGAAUUCUCAAGAUGAAGUUCUUCAUUAUGAUUUCAUGUGCGCUAUUUGUAGGAUUUAUUGCUACUAUUAUCAAAAGUUGAAGCUGAAUUGAUAAUGGACAGUGAAAG